GUGAAAAUUGUAUGCAAAUCAGGAGAUGAGGCUGCCGCCAAUGCCAACAAUGUCGUUAUCAGCCGGAGAAGAAUUUCUCUGAACAUAACUGCUACCACCACAUUGCUUUUAAGUAAUUUGGCGGAUGCUUAUAAAUUAGGUGGUUGUUAUAAGGCCAACGCUGCUAUUCUGGAGGCCGAUGACGAUGAAGAAUUACUGGAGAAGGUAAAAAAAGACAGGAAAAAGAGGCUUGAGAAACAAGGUGUUAUUGGCUCGUCAACUACCGAAACAGCGUACCUGCAAGAUCUUGUUUAUAAACUCAGUGAAACAGGCCAAGCAUUAGAAACGAAUGAUCUUUCAGCAGCUUAUUCAGUGCUUGGUUCCAGCAAGGAUACUGAAUGGGUCCAAAGAGCGAACUCUGCCUUGAACAAGUUGAGCUCCAGUAAUGAAGAGAAGACAGAGGUCGAUGCCUUCAAUUCGUCACUGGUCUCAUUAAUCUCAUCAGUGUCCGGGAAUGAUAUAGAAGGCUCAAAAGUAGCGUUCGUGUCAUGCGCAAGUGCUCUUGAGAAGUGGACUGUGCUGUCAGGUUUGGUGGAACAGUUAAAAGGCCUUUGAAGAAGAGAAUUCCUCAUCCAGAUGGAUUAAUGUUUUCUCAGUGGAACAGCUUAAAGAAUGUGUACAUGAAGGCAAAGAUCUAGAGCGCGGAUGUUCUCUUUCUUGAAAAAAUAGUAUAUUAUUAAUUCAUUGAGGGAAAAAUUGGAUAAUUUAUGUGGUGACUGGUGACUUUACUUUAGUUCAUUUCCAAUACUUACUUCUUUCUAAUGUACAAUUUACUGUAUUCUAAAGUAGAAUUAAAUUAAAAUCAAAAUCCGAC